AUGGCUAGAGGUAGAGGUAAAAAAGAUGCACGUAAUGUUGAUCGUGGUGUUAUAAUGGGUACAGGUAGAGGUCGAGGCCAAGGUGAUCCAAAAAUUGUUCAUGGUCGAGGUACUACAGCCACUACACCUUCUUCAGCCGACUUUAGAGCCCCUACACCUACUCCAACAAUCCUUGUAUCAUACUCAGCCCCUACAGCCCCUGCACUUGCUCCAGUUGCCCCUGCACUUGCUCCAGUUGCCCCUACUGCCCCAACUUCUUCAAGUUCUGUUCCUAGAUCGAGUGCUAGCAUAUUUGCAUCGGGCAUUCUUAUACCUUCUGAGAAUACAUCUAGUGCCUGCAUAAAGAUUUUUCAAAAGUACAAUGUCGAUGAGGGUUCUUCAUGCAAGAAUAUCCCACAAUCCACAAAAGAUUUUUAUUUCAAAAAGUUUGAGAAAGAAUUUCACUGGGAUGAGGGAAGUGCUGCAACAGUGAGGAAGGCAUGGAAUAAAAAAGCAACUACCCGAUACAAAGACUUUCUGACAAAUGAAAAGAAGAAAAAAUGGAGGAGUGCUUAUAUAUCAGUUGAAGUUUGGGAUAAAUGGAAUUUAGAUUAG